AUGCUGAAUCCACACAUAUUAGAUUCUCCAGCUGUGAUUUUCGACAAUGGGUCUGGGCUCUGCAAGGCAGGCCUGUCGGGAGAGAUUGGACCCCGCCAUGUCAUCAGCACUGUCGUGGGGCAUCCAAAAUUCAAGAUGUCUUCGGCUGGAGCCAACCAGAAGAAUUAUUUUGUGGGAGAGGAAGCGCUAUACAAGUAUGAGAACUUAAACCUGCAGUACCCCAUUGAGCGUGGCCUGAUCACAAGCUGGGACGACAUAGAGAAGCUCUGGAACCAUCUUUUUGAGUGGGAGCUGGGUGUGAAGCCCAGCGACCGACCCGUGCUCAUGACCGAGCCAUCCUUGAACCUCCGGGAGAACCGUGAGAAGAUGGCAGAGAUCAUGUUUGAGACCUUCAACGUGCCUGCCUUCUACCUAUCAGACCAGGCAGUGUUGGCACUCUAUGCCUCUGCCUGUGUCACAGGCCUGGUGGUGGACAGUGGGGAUGGUGUCACUUGCACGGUUCCCAUCUUCGAGGGCUACUCCCUGCCACAUGCGGUCACCAAGCUCUAUGUGGCAGGGAAGGACAUCACAGAGCAUCUCACCCGGCUCCUCCUGGCCAGUGGCCACACCUUUCCGUGCAUGCUGUAUAGUGCCCUGGUGAACGAUAUCAAGGAGAAGCUGUGCUAUGUGGCCUUGGAGCCAGACAAGGAGCUGUGCAAGAGGCCAGAGGAGGUCCUAAAAGAGUAUAAGCUACCAGAUGGGAACAUCAUCCACCUUGGGCAUCAGCUCUACCAGGCCCCUGAGGCCCUCUUUGUGCCUGACCAGCUGGAAGUGCACAGCCCAGGACUCCCCAAAAUGGUUUCCAGCAGCAUCAUGAAAUGUGAUGCCGAAAUCCAGAAGAUGCUCUUUGGGGAGAUCGUGCUGUCUGGGGGAAGCACGCUGCUCCCCGGGCUCGAUGACCGACUCCUGAGGGAGCUGGAGCAGUUGGCUUCCAAGGGGAUCCCCAUCAAGAUCACGGCCCCCCCUGACCGGUGGUUCUCCACGUGGAUCGGAGCCUCCAUCGUCACCUCACUGAGCAGCUUCAAGCAGAUGUGGGUCACCGUGGCGGAUUUCAAGGAGUUUGGGGCAUCUGUGGUACAGAGGAGGUGCUUUUAG